AUGAACAACGCUGAGUCAAGUGAUGCGCACCUCCCAAGCCGCGUACUGCAACAGGCAGGGGCAGAGUCUCAGCAGUCACAGGCUUCAACCGCACAAAUGUACGCCCGCCCCGAGCUUGCCUGUACCGAAACGAAGGGCGAAUAUUCUGUUGCGCUCCACAUCGUGGCAAUUUUUGUUCUUCUGGUCGCUUCUCUUAUUGGGACGAUGCUUCCGCUCGCAGGCAAAUACGUUUCGUUUCUUCAACUGCAACCCUUUUUAGUCGUUAUUGGGAAGUGCAUCUCCUCGGGGGUGGUGAUGGCCGUUGCCAUGGUACACAUGAUGAACCAUGGCGUUCUUGGCUUCAUGAAGGACUGUGUGCCGGAGUCUUUACAACAAUCGUUUGAUGCAUUUUCACUUUUGUUUGCGAUGAUUGCGGCGAUGCUGAUGCAUGCUUUGGAUGUGCUCAUGGAUUUAUUGCUUGAGAGUUGGGCAAAAAAUAACGCAAGCGAGGCUACAUCACAAAUAGAGCAAGCGCAAUUGCCAGAAAUGGAGACGACGACAACCGGGCAAGAAAUGCCGGGUGCAGGAUGCCACAACCAUGGGGGAAUUUACACAGCUCGACUAGACAGCGCGAAACGUAUCAUUGCGGCCGUAUUCAUGGAGUUUGGUUUGGCCUUGCACAGCGUGUUCCUGGGCCUUUCGGUGGGGGUUGCAAAUGAUUCCCAGACGCGGUCGCUCCUUGUGGCGCUGACAUUUCACCAGUUGUUUGAGGGCCUGGCGCUGGGCUCACGGCUCUCGGAAGCAUCCAUUAACUUCAGACUGGAGUUGCUGAUGACAUUUAUUUACGCCGUCUCUGUUCCAUUGGGCACCGUUGCGGGUCUUGUCACCCUGAAGACUUCCGACAUCUCCAUGACGGGCACGGGUUUCGUCACCACGCAGGCGGUGCUCGACUCGGUAUGUGGCGGCAUCCUGCUGUACCUUGGCUUCACUCUUAUUCUCAACGAUUUCAUGUCAGAUCUGCGGCAAUAUGCCGGGGUGAAUGCGGCGCAUCGUGGCUGGAAGCGCCUUGCGAUGUUUGUGGCACUGUGGGGAGGGGGAGCCGUCAUGACGCUCCUUGGGAAGUGGGCGUAG